AUGCCCAAGUUCUUCUGUGACUAUUGCGAUGUCUACCUCACGCACGAUAGUAUGAGCGUGCGCAAGGCCCAUAACAACGGUCGCAACCACCUCCGCAACGUCCAGGCCUACUACGAGCAGAUAUCGAGCGACCAGACACAGCAAGUCAUCAACAGUAUCACCGACGCGUACAACACAGAAGGCCAGGCGAACCCCCUGUUCCAGCAGAACCUGGCUGGUGGCUUCCCCGGAGGACCAAUGGCCGGAAUGCCUCCCAUGGGAAUGCCACCCAUGGGUAUGCCUGGAUUCCCACCACCAGGAAUGCCGCCUAUGGGUGGAAUGCCACCGCAGUUCAUGGGCCGCGGAGGUCCCCCAAUGCCACCAAACGGAAUGCCACCCUUCCCACCGCAAGGCAUGCCCCCAGGUCCCGGCGGAAUGCCGCCCAACAUGCCGCCCUUCCCUCCACCACACAUGGGCGGCGGCCCACCUCAAGGGAUGCCUCCGUUUCCUUUCCCACCACCAGGGAAUGCAGGAUCGCCUCCUGGAGGUAUGCCGUACCCGCCACCUGGCGGUAUGGGCAUGCCACCUGGUGGACCUCCAGGCAGAUAUCCUCCUGGACCACCGGGACGUUAG